CGCGGUCCGAUGAGGUGGGGGGUGUGGUUACCGCCUGUAACCAGCGAACGCCCUCGAUCAUCGCGCUGUCUCCUCCCCAUCCUUCGAUCGGAAACCCUAACCUUUAAAGAUUUGGGGGACGAGGAGGGAAGGGGAGGUUUCGAACCCUGGCUGAUCGAGCUGGGGCUGGUGUUUUCGUCCUCUCUUCGUCUCUUUGGGGCUAACCCUAGCUUAGCGGGCUUGGAGUGCUGAGUUGUCUAUAUAGUACCCAUCAUGGUGGCUGCCGCGGCUACCGCAGCGUUCUUCCCUGUUCCAUCCUCCUCGUCUUCCUCAUCUUCGUCAUCAACAUCCUCAGCAGCUAAACCGCCUUCUGUUUCUUUUGGUCCCAAACCCACAUCUUCUAAUGUUGGUUUGCAAGUGAAGGCUAAUGCCCAAGUUGCCACCAAGAUCAAUGGCGCCAAUACCGGGCCGAAAGCUAACCCUACAAUGGUUGGAGACGACCCCCCUUCUUCUUAUCUGGCCCCGAGAACGUUUUACAACCAAUUGCCUGAUUGGAGCGUUCUGCUUGCUGCCAUUACUACCAUGUUCUUGGCUGCUGAGAAGGAAUGGACUCUUCUUGACUGGAAGCCCAAGAAGCCCGACAUGCUUUCGGAUGCUUUUGGUCUUGGGAAGAUUAUUGAGAAUGGACUUGUUUAUAGGCAGAGCUUUUCUAUAAGGUCAUAUGAAAUUGGGGCGGAUAAAACAGCUUCUAUAGAGACGUUAAUGAAUCAUUUACAGGAAACAGCUCUAAAUCAUGUGAUGUGCGCUGGACUCAUGGAGGGUGGAUUUGGUUCAACGCCAGAGAUGAGUAAAAGGAAUCUGAUUUGGGUUGUUACCAAGAUGCAAGUUCUUGUUGAUCGUUAUCCUUCUUGGGGUGAUGUUAUUGAAGUAGAUACUUGGGUUAGUUCAUCCGGAAAGAAUGGCAUGCGCAGGGACUGGCAUGUUCGUGACCGUCGAACAGGGCAAACUAUUAUGAGAGCCACCAGUAAUUGGGUGAUGAUGAACAAACAAACAAGGAAGCUAUCCAAGUUUCCUGAAGAAGUUAGAGCUGAAAUAGGACCCUACUUUAUAGAGCAGGACCCUGUUAUUAAUGAGGACAACAGGAAAAUUCCUAAGCUCAAUGAUGACACUGCAGAUCAUGUUCGCAGGGGUCUAACUCCUCGAUGGAGUGAUUUAGAUGUCAACCAACAUGUGAACAAUGUUAAAUAUAUUGGGUGGAUCCUGGAGAGUGCUCCCAUGUCAAUUGUGGAGAAUCACGAGCUUGCAAGCAUGACGUUGGAGUACAGGAGGGAGUGCGGUAGGGACAGCGUCCUGCAGUCCCUUUCCGCAGUCUCAGCAGCGGAAACCUCUGUCGAGUGCCAGCAUCUGCUUCGUCUCGAGAGUGGGUCCGAGAUUGUGAAGGGCCGUACAGAGUGGAGGCCCAAGAACCGAGGCCUGUGAAAGUUGGAAGGCCAUGGAGCGUAAUGCUAUUUUGCCGAUCUCCUGUAUAUUAUAUGCCUCAUUACCUGAUUAUAUAAGUUUUUAAGUUCAAAUUGAUUUUGUUCAUUGUUUGAUUGAUUUUUGCAUCGAGCAGUCCUGUAUGAUUGUUGUUCAGAUGUACAGCUAUUUUUUUUCCUGACAAGGGGAGCAGAAAAUGAAUAUACUUAUUAUAAUUGGGUGUGUCUGUGUUUGUAGAUUUUGUAUUGAAGAAAGAAAACUGAGCAAUUAUUUUUUU